AGGGAGGGCGAGCGAGCUCUGCUCCCGCCCGAAGUCCCGUCCGUUCCUUCCAGGUCUCAUUCCAGCUCUUAAGCAUUCCUGAGCUCUAUACUCUUAACUGGCGGGGACCGAACUCUGUGUGUGUGUGUGUGUUCUUUUUUUCAGAGGAACCACGAGCCCAGCUGAGGAGUGCGCACGGAAUGUGUUUGGGUUAACCUAAGCCUAUGCUGGUAGGAGAGAGACGUGACACAAUCGUUUGGAGUAUAAAAAAAGACUCAGAGAUGAUGUUCAAACCAGAGUCUGACCAGGUCGCAUCUGAGGUCAAGGUGGCCCCACCCCCAGGGUUGAUUGACAGUGGGAAGGCCCCACCCCCAGGGUUGAUUGACAGUGGGGAGGUGGUGAAGCUGCAGACAGACAUGCCACACCUGGUCAGUCUGGGCAGCGGACGCCUCAGUGUAGCUGUUACCCUGCUGCCCCUGAGAGAAGGGGUGACCCGUGUGGGCCGUGAGGAUGCCUGUGUUCCCCAGGACAUCGUGGUGCAGGGAGAGGGAAUCGAGGCGGAGCACUGUCUCAUCACCAACCAGGAGGGCGUAGUCACCCUGGACCCCUGCGGACAUGCCUGCGCCCUGGACGGGGUUUCCAUCACUACCCCCACCCCCCUCACCCAAGGGUACUCCGUGUGUCUGGGUAAGUCGUACUUCUUCAGGUUCAACCAUCCAGAGGAGGCCAGCCGUCUGAAGAGCAUGCUCCCACAGAAAAACCCUGCGUCCCCCCUAGUCUACAGCACAGACUAUCUCAAGUUCAGCAGCGACUAUGGUCAUGCCCUAGGGGGUGGAGCCAGGGGCAUGCGCUCGGCUUCCGAGCUCCGUGAUUUGAUGGACACCCUGCAACGGAAGAAGAUCGCCCUGGAGACCAGCCUGAGGGCCAAUGGGGAUGCUGGCCCCUCCUACUUCAGCAUGACUCAGUCUCCACCCAUAACGCCAGCCACAUGCCCCGCUCCCCAGUCCUCAGCCUAUCAGGAGCAGGCUAGGCGUCUGUACGGCUCUGAGCGCCCGCCCCUGUCUGGUAAAUCAGCUGGUCCCCCUUCCCCCUCCCCACGACCCUCCAUGACCCGCAACCAAUCACAGGACAGCCUGCUGCUGGCCUCCAGCGAAGGCCGACGGCCCCUCCCAGGCUCCUCCCCCUUACUCUCCAUGUGGAAUGGCAGUGGCUCCUCCUCCUCUGUUGCUGGUAGCGACAGCCUCCUCUCUCCUCCUCCUCCCUCCUCCUCCUCCUCCCGUCUCCCCCCCGGCGGUACUGCCAGCAUGCCUUCCAGCCCCCGCCUUGGCCGCCGUAGCCACGGCAACCAGGAGCCAAUCCCCAGCCCCCGCACCAGGAAGUACUCCACGGGUUCUCUAGGGGGGGGGAUGAAAGGCGGGGGAGGCAACCACAGUCGAUCCAUGCCCCGCCUUUGUUGCCCCACCCCACGAAGCCAUGACAACGGAUUUGGCGGCGUUGCCUUGACGACACUUCCUCCGCGAUGCUCCGAUCUCAACGGCAGCAAGGCCAGCCCCCACCCCCCUGGCCUCACCCAAGGGGAGGGCGUGGUCUCAAUCUCACUCACCCCUAAGACCCCCACUACCGCCCCCCCAGACGUCACUGUGCCCGGCCGGCCAGGGGCCCCAUCCAGCCCCCGUGUGGCCAAGAAGCUCAGCCUUACCUCCUCCAGCGCCCCAGACCCAGACAGGCCGUCCAGCCGGGGGCUCUGCCCAGACCCAGAGCUGCUCCUGGGGGAGCGCUGUGGGGGCGGGGGUCUGGGGGAGCGGAGGCAGUCGUUCGGGAAGGGGGGUGUGGCCCCCUUCAGAGAAAGGAGGGGCAGCAUCAGCUCACUGAGCGGGAACGAGGAGCUGAGCGACUACCAUCAACACCAGAGAGACGAGAGGAUGAGAGAACAAGAGGUCCAGAGACUGGAGCGUCAUCGUCUAGAGACUAUCCUGUCUUUGUGCUCGGAGCUGGGCAGAGCUGAAGACCUAAGAGGGGGUGUGUCCAGGAAGGCGGGGGUGAAAGAUCAGGUUUCCACGGUGACCGACCUCCAGAAGCUCACCCAGCAGCUGGAACAGCUGACCGGGGCCGAAGCCACCAUCACCCUAACCACCGGACCACCCAGCCAGAACGGUUACUAUGACGGCGGGCGCCUGGUCCAACAGAGGCGGAGCAGCAGUUAUUGUGACAACAGGGCAGAGUCCCCGGCUAUCAGCUUACGCAGCUGUGCCCCUUCCCCCACCCCACGCGCCCAGAUGACCAAUCAGGUCAGAGAGUUGCUGUCUCCCAAGGUGCCGGAGGAGGCGCGGCAGGAUAUGAGGCGUGUGGAAGAGGCUCGGAAGCAGGAAGUGAGGCGAGUGGAGGAGGAGAGGAUCCAGGUGCUCAACAACAUGGAGGAGCUGGAACAGAAGAUCAAAGAGCUGGAGAACCAGAUGGAGGAGUCUGUUCGAGAGGUGGAGGUGGAGCAAGCGCUGGUGGAGGCGGAGCAGGAUGCGGAGUUAGCUGCGCUGCAACAGGAGAAACAGGAAGUGGAAACCCUAAAAACCAAGAUGGCCGCCCUGGAGGCCCAGGCACACGAAGAGAAGACGCAGGCGUAUGAGCUGCUGCAGGCAGAGAGAGGCAGGGUAGAGAGCUUGGGUCAGUGUGUGUGUGAGCAGCGAUCUCAGCUGGACUGCUGUCCUGAGGCCCUGAAGGAUCCUCUACAGGAGCAGCUAACCAGGGCCUCAGAGGUGUUGGAUGCAGAGACAAAGCGUUUUGAGGACUUGGAGUUCCAGCACCUGGAGAGAGAGAGCCGGAGAGACGAGGAGAAGGACACCAGCACACACACACUCCUACGAGACGUCACACACUACCAGCGCAGCACGCUCACCCGCAAGGAGAGGCUUGUGACCCUGAAGAAACAAGCGGCUCAGAUUACCCAGCAGGCCGAGCGAGAGAAGGACAGCUUCCUGCAGGAGAAGAGCAGCCUGCAGAUGAUGCUGCACAGGGAGAAAGAGAAUCUGGUCUCUCUGGAGAAGAAGUAUGCUGACCUCACAGGUGGGCGGGGCUUCCCUCUCAUCCCUGUCACUCUUAAGGAGGGCUAUGUGACAGUCAGUGAGAUCAAUGAACUUUACUCCCAACUGGGGGGUGACAUUAACCCCACCCCUGCCCCUAUUCUGGCCAAUCCCUGCCUUGAAACUGAGCCUAGCUCCUCCCCCGAUGCCAGGACCCCAAAGAUCGAGGAAGAUCAGCACUUCCGUUUCCUGGAGGAGAGGAAGAGGAUGAUAAAAGAGGGCGGGGCUCACUUGAGUGACACGCUGCCCAGGAAAAAGCCCACGCCCACUCCUCAGUUCAGCUGCUCUACUCUGGGACGCAGCUACCCUGCCAAGUCCCACCAGUCCCUGGUCCAGAGCAGCAGCUGGGGCAGCAUCCUGCCCAGAGUCCUGGCAGGCUCCUGCAGAGAGGCUUCCCGCUCCCACAGAGGUCACACCAGCUCCCGGGCAAGCUCCGCCUCCCAGAACAACGUCUACCUGGACUCCUUUGGUUACCGUGACAACGGCCAGGCUUUUGACACCAUGAGCGUGGACAGCUCAGACUCCAUGGAAACCAGCAUCUCUGCCUGUUCCCCUGACAAUGUCUCGUGUUCUAGCACAUCAAAUGUGGCCAAACUGGAGGAAAUGGAACGCUUGUUGAGAGAGGCCCAUGCUGAGAAACACUGCAUGCUGGAACACAAGGAGCGCGAGCAGGAAGUGAAGCGUGCACUAGAGGAGGAGCGGAGGAGGAGAGAGGAGCUGGAGGUGCGCCUGCAAGAGGAAACCAGCAGGAGGCAGAAGAUGAUCGACAGGGAGGUGAAGCUGAGGGAGAAACAGCGAACGCAGUCUCGGCCGUUGACCCGUUACCUACCGGUGAGGAAGGAUGACUUUGACCUGCGAAGUCACAUUGAGUCUGCGGGCCACAGUGUGGACACCUGCUUCCACCUGGCCCUGACAGAGAAGACGUGCCGGGGCUUCCUGGUCAAGAUGGGCGGCAAGAUCAAGACCUGGAAGAAACGUUGGUUUGUCUUCGACCGCAACCGGCGAACCCUGUCCUACUACUCAGACAAGCAUGAAGCCAAGAUGAAAGGUGUCAUCUACUUCCAGGCCAUAGAGGAAGUUUACUAUGACCACUUAAAGAACGCUCACAAGAGCCCUCACCCCUCCCUGACGUUCAGUGUGAAGACCCAUGACCGGGUCUACUACAUGGUGGCUCCCUCCCCCGAGGCCAUGAGGGUUUGGAUGGACGUCAUAGUCACUGGCGCUGAAGGAUACACCCAGUUCAUGGUGUAAAGGGUUAGGAUACACCCAGUUCAUGGUGUAAAGGGGGUUCCAAUUCCAGGACUGUACUCUUUUUUUGUGCUUUUGUUUAUGACUUGACUAGGAUUGACCAGUCUUCAUUCAUUAUGUUUUAAUGUAAACAAUACUCUGUAUUAGUACUGUUCAUUGGAUGAUGUCUUAUAACCUAGCUACUUCAGAUGGAUGGUUUUAUUUUGUUUUGCAUUAGCGACUUAAUACGUAGCCGAAGUAUGCCCAAGAGAUAUCAUAUGAUAUCUAUCUAUAUGAGAGGAUCAGAUAAGGGUGUUUCCUCUGCAUUUCCUGUGUGGAAAUCACACUUCCUGGUUUAGAUUUUGAAAGCUGAUGUCAUUGCCUGGUCUAUCUGUUGUUUAGAUGUGGCUGAUGCUGUGUGUUGUAAGAGGAUAGUUUAUAUACAGAUCAACAAGUGAGGUUAUGUGGCUGAUGUUUGUACUUUGCGGGUUGUGUGUAUUAAAGAGAGAGAGCGAGCUAAAGACACACAAAUUUCUUGUGAUUUAAUAACAUAAUAUUGUGGUGCUGUCCAUGUUUUGCUACAUGACUUGUCAGAUCUUAGAGAGCAUUAUCACAGCCACAUAACUACGUGAUUGGUCAAAUCCCAAACAACAUAGACUGGUCAAAUGAGAUGAGUCAUGUUAAUCCAGUACUGUUCUACUGUAUGGCAGCUCCCUGUCACGUGACAUACAUGCUAUGAUCACUCUGACAUGUCAGCUCUCAGUCGCUCAUCAUGUUAUGGCAUUAUUACUCUUGUAUUAGAUGAGCGGCCUUGAUCAGGUGCCUUGAGAAGAGGGAGGUAGAAAGAGACGCUAAUAUGUUGGUGCUCAACCUGGAGCCUUGUGUCAUUGUUGCAUCAUCACAGUGUGACAGUGGCCUAAACAUCAGUGUGUGUAGUGGAUGUGUGCACAAGUUUUGUCACUUUGUUCCUCUGAUUUUAUUUGUUGAGAAUCACACCAUAAAUACAGUUCCACGUCCCUUUCUGGACCUGGAUGUUCUUUGUCUUUUUUCAGGACUAGGAGGACAGUAUUUGACAUAACCAAUGAUUUGGUAAGGUGUCUCACCAUUUUAAGAUCACAAAAUGUCUGUUCAAACAUGUGAAUUGGGCUACCACAUUACUUUUACAGUCAAUUCAAGGAUAUUGUUUAUAUUUAAAACUAUAAACAGCCUCAAUACAUAGUAUACUGUCAUAUUGCUAUUGACUAUUAAUGCAUGUAUCUUUAUUUUUGCAUACAUAAAAUAAAACACGGAUAUUGUA